AUGGAGCUCUUAAAAAACCUGGUGUCGCUUCUCGGCCUGGGCGCCGCGGCCAUGGGCACGGCGACGCUGCGAGGCGAGACGCCUCCGGCAGCCGCCCUCGCCGCCGCCCUCACCGCCGCCGCCCUGGCCGCCGCCGCCCUGGCCGCCGCCGUCGCCUACCACUGGCGCCACGCGGUCUUCCCAAACAUCCACCGCAUUCACGACUGGCUCGCCGACCAGUCCCGCAGCACGGGGCUCCGCGGCGCGAUGCUCGCGUUCACGCUGCCGUUCCUGCGCACCUUCUACUGCGUCACCGACCCGGCGGUGCUUGAGUGGGUGCUCAAGACGCGGAUGACUACGUAA